AUGUUUGGAAGUUCCCGCUAUUUCGGCCUCAAGGGCACACGGCUCAACGUCGCUGUUGGUGUCCUAGCUGGACUGGACUUCUUACUCUUUGGCUAUGAUCAAGGUGUCAUGGGUGGUCUAUUGACCUUAUCGUCCUUUGUGAAAACCUUCCCGGAGAUUGAUACCACGGCCGCAACGGAAACGGCUCAGCAUCUCAACGCCUCUCAGAAAACCCAUAGAUCGACCAUCCAAGGUAUUUCGGUCGCUGCUUACAACGUCGGAUGUUUCUUUGGGGCUAUUGCUACAAUUUUUAUUGGAGACCGCCUUGGUCGCCGAAAGACCAUUUUUCUCGGCUCUUCGGUCAUGGUUGUUGGUGCAGCGCUGCAAUGUUCAUCCUUUUCGUUGGCUCAAUUCAUCACUGGAAGAUUGGUAACAGGCUUUGGCAAUGGUCUCAAUACAUCGACUGUCCCAACAUGGCAGUCAGAGUGUUCUAGAUCUCACAGGCGGGGCCAACUGGUCAUGAUCGAGGGUGCAAUGAUCACUGGAGGCAUCUGCUUCAGCUACUGGCUUGACUUUGGCUUCUCCUUCCUGGACCCGAGCACCAUUGCCUGGAGAUUCCCUAUUGGAUUCCAGAUCUUUUUCGCGUUGCUUAUCCUGCUUUUCGUCCUUAGGCUUCCAGAGUCGCCCCGGUGGUUGAUCUUGAAGGGUCAGGAGGAUGAAGCGAUGUCAGUCCUAAGCGCUCUUAGUGAUCUUCCGCCCGAUGAUCCUUACGUUCACGGUGAAUUCUCCGCCAUCAAAGACACUGUUCUGGAGAUGUCUCAAGGCGGUUUUCGAGAUCUGUUCACGAUGGACGAAAAUCGACAUCUUCAUCGUACCAUCCUGGCAUAUGUCAAUCAGGUCUUUCAGCAGAUUUCUGGCAUCAAUCUAAUCACGUAUUAUGCAGCAACCAUCUAUCAAGAGGAAAUUGGAUUGAGUGGAUUGACGUCGAGGGCCUUGGCAGCUGCGAAUGGAACAGAAUACUUCGCGGCCUCAUGGAUCGCUGUCUUUACUAUAGAGAAAUUUGGCCGGCGUCAGCUCAUGCUGUUCGGCGCCGCAGGUAUGACGUUCUCGAUGGCGAUACUGGCGAUCAUGAACAAAUACACUGGCAAAGGCACUGGCAUUGUAGCAGCCCUCUUUCUCUUCAUCUUUAAUACUUUCUUCGCAAUUGGAUGGCUCGGUAUGACAUGGCUAUAUCCCGCUGAGAUUGUACCCCUGCGUAUUCGGGCACCUGCAAAUGCGUUGUCGACAUCUGCCAAUUGGGCCUUCAACUUCAUGGUCGUAAUGGUUACGCCGGUGGCUUUUGCAUCCAUCCAAUACAAGACUUACGUUAUUUUUGCCGUCAUCAACGCCUUCAUAUUCCCGGUCGUCUACUUUUUCUACCCCGAAACCGCCUACCGCUCCCUCGAAGAGAUGGACUCCAUCUUCCGCAAAUGCAGCUCCUACUUCACCCUCGUGAAAAUCGCCCGCGAUGAGCCGAGACGGUAUGGCAAGAAGGGAGAAUUACUCAUCAAUUACGAAGAGACGGAAGAGCAUGCGAGGAGGGCCAGUAUUUUGAGUCAGCCGUCCGAGAAGGCUAAGAAGGCGGAGGGGCUGGCGGUUGAGAAUGAGGGUGUCUGA